GUGUGCCUUUGAGUGGAUCAAGUUUCAAAACGUGCUUUCCCCCCAGGAGGAGGCUAAAAGCGAGUUACAGUGAUGGCGCGGGUAAGGGUGCUAAUGCUAACUAUUGUCGGUCUGAUUUUUCUGGCCGCUGGCGGUUGCGGGCCUGAUACGGUGGUGGCAGAUUUGAUUCAGGACCUUAGGCAGGGCGUUCGUAUGGCGGGGAAGUUUCUCGGCAUCGACACAAUAUCGGAUGUGGCGGAUCUGGUAGCGAAAGGAUUUUCGCGACAGGGCGACUUUUUGAAGCCGGAAGUGAACGGGACGUCACAACAACCGGCGGAAUCGUUGAUGUUAAUGCUGUGGAAGUUAAUAGGUCUAGAUGGAAGUAAAUUGGGGGCGAUGGUUAUGAACGUUCUAAUCUUCGUUGCGCAUGUGAUUGCGACCAAUUUAGGGGGAGCGGCGAAGCAGCCCGGACUGGACCAUGUCGCCAAGGAUGGUCCUCCAACGGCUGAAGAGUCUGCGAUUCUGAAAUCAGAAUCCCCCCUGGACUGGUUACUCAACAAGCCGCCUGCAGCACUCAACACCGUGCUACAGUCGGUACACGAUAGAAACCUCACGGACUAUUUGGAAUCGGAUUUGAACGAUCGUGAACAAGCUCCGCCCGAAGACACGGGUUGCAUCAGGUUGCUUAUGUGCAAAAUUAAACCCUUUAUAUGGAAAAUGCAGCAGGUUGUAACGGAGCAGCUGGGUGCGAGCAGAAACAGCAACAGGCAAGCAGCCGAAUCGGAGAGCAUCGUGGAUACUGUUUUGAGAAACGUCCCAACGUUAGACGAGUUCGAGGCCAACGGGGCGCGCUGUGAGGCGCAGCACAAACAUUGUGCACGGAAGUUUGGCUAGAAACAUCUCACCAUAAGUUACGUUGUGUUUCCUAAUGCUAUUGCAUUCGUAUAACAUGUUGUAUUGCAAUCGAAGGGUAAUUUACAUUCAUUGUUUGCACAUGGUUUAUUUAAUUGGGCAUUUUUAUGGUUGAUAGAUUACGGACCGCAUAUAAUAUUUGUGGCAAUUUUUUAAUCGAUCAAUACAAUGCACUAUGAAUAUUAUACAAUUCAUCGUGUAUUUGUAUACUUCUCGAUAUCGCUAAAAAAUAUUUAGAAUAAUUUGUAACAAGAUGAGUAUAACAACAAA